AUUUCCAAACUAGAGGGAAGAACCAGCACAUCUGGGGUGACUAGUAGGCAGAAGAGGCAACUGCUAGAGGCCCUUAGUCUCCCUUCAUUUUAAGAUAUUCAAGUGUGGAACUGCUCCAGAUGGCUCACAGGUCCUCAGUCUCUUACCCUAAACACUUCUCUUUGCACAUCUUCGAUACCGCCCAUGGUGAAAGCCCCAUCUUUAGCCGGCUAACCCUACCCACAAAGAGCAAGACUUUUACCAGACUUUCCCAGCUUUGCCCACGCAAGAUCCUUCCCCUUUACCAUGGAGAACUCAAGGUGGUGUCCUUAGGAAAUACGAAAGACACUGACUUCCUCGGCUUGGAAUUUAGAUGCUGCUACCCCAUCUUUUUCAAAAAUGCUGAGGAAUCCUCAGUAGAGCCAAGCCUGGAGAAGAUAGAGGUCUUUACUGAAGAGGCAAGGAAUGCAGGUGAAGCCAUGUGUGUCAAGAGCCUCCAGCCUCUAGGAAUGAAUCGCUGUCACCAGAUGAUAGCCUCAAUGUCGAAGCUUUGUGAGAUGGCUAGGAGUCACCCGGGCAUCCUGCUGACAAUGAUCAAACAGUAUCUUCAUGAAAAUAAAGAGGUUGGAGAAAUGGCUGCUCACUCAUUCACAGAGAACUGGAGAGAAGAACUUAGUCGUGAGAUGAGCAAAUGGAAACAGAACCACUCUGGACAGUCCUCAAAGAAGGUCUGUCUUUACACGUACUAUGGAGUUGUCCUGAGAGAGUCUGACAAUGUCCAGGAAAUCAAGGAGCACCUGAGCACUCUCCUAGGCACCUCGCACCAGCGGGCACUCCAGAGAGAGGGCAUGGCUCUCACCAUUGGCCUGGUGGCCACUAGACAGCUUCAUAUCACUUGUGCAGUGCUGGAAGAAUUUAUCCUGGGCAAGACUCCCAUCUUGAAGAUUGACCAGCACCUGGAAGAUAUUCACUGGAAGUGGGCCAGUAGCACUGUGUUACUCUGCUGUGGGCAUGAGGCAUCCCGUACAACAGACAACAUCUUGUCCCUGGCAGAUAGCAUCGGCUCCCAGAUCACGUGGCACUCCCAACGCAGUCAUUGGAAACUGAUUGAGCAGGAACCUCGGGACACUCUCUGUACCUCAGCCUGUCAGGAUGCUAUGCUAGCUGUUGCCGGCCUCAGCAAACUGAAGCCCCCCCUAGAGGUCAAGGAGAAGUCCGAAUUUCUGCAUCCCUGUUUCCAGAGCGUCCUCCCUCUGCCACUGGUCGAGAGCCCGGAGAAGCACAGCAGCCUGAUGACGAACCCUCCCAGCAUUCAGGUUCUCUACAAGCAAACGAUGCAUACUCUAGACCAAGUACUCCAGGGGUUCCUGUUUAAAACUCCCAGUCCAGGAGAAGUGCAGUACAUUCUGGAGCAAAUGGUCGCCUGGAUGGAUUCGGAGCUCCCCCAUGAGCGCCAGAGGGCGGUGAAGAGCAGCACUGCCCUUCUUAAAUUCGUCGUGGAGCAAUUCAGACCAAAAUCUCAGAUGAAGUUUACCAGGAUGGGAUACCUGGUGGGCAUGUUCGGAAUGUUCUGCAAUGACCCUAAUGAAGACACUAGAGUGCUAGCCAUGGAUGGCGUGUUCUACCUCUAUACCAUCCUGCUCCAGCAGAAGGGACACUCCCUGGAGGCUGACACCAAACUGAAGGAAAAGAGGAAGAUGCAGCUCUUCCAGCAUCCAAACAAGGCUUCCAUUCUGGAUAACAUGACCUCUCUAGGCAACAGCUUCCAGAUUGUGAAGGCCUUUGCGGACCACUUUGAGGUUUCGCAGCUCAAUGAACUGAUGAUGACCAUGGUGGACGGCUUAAAGAAGAACAGCUUCUCCCAGGCCCGGACUGCCGCCCAGAUGCUGUCCGUGAUCUUUAAAUGCUACGGGACUCAGCUGACAGAGGUGGCUGACAUUGGAAAGAAGAUUUACCUCCAGCUCUCCCUAAUUGAAAGCAUAGCUGUCAAGAAGGCUGCCCUGAAGGCAAUCUCUCUACUUGUCCAACACCACACUCAGGAACUUGUCUUCACCUUCUUGGAAUUCUCAGUGCUCAUGAACAGGGAUGCUGUGGACCUGUGGAGAGCAAUGGGAUCCAACCCUCAGGUCUGCCCUAAGGUGUUGCACUUUCUGCUGAAGAAGCUGGAGAACAGACCAUCCUUAACAGAACUGUCGAAAUUGGAAGGAACUUACUCAGAGUCACUGGCAGCCAUGAACACAUUAUAUGAGAUCAUCUUUGCUCCCGAGUACAAAAAUGCUCUGAAGAAAGUCUUUCCUCAGCUCUUCUUCGCCAUGGUCACCCAGAUCCAUUAUAUGUUUGAGUUUAAUAAGCAGGAUGAAGACCACUAUGCCUAUUUUAAAGGAGAUUUUACCAGUGUUCACACCACAAAGCUCAGCCCCCAAAGCACAUCAGUGGAGGCUGUGAAAAGCCUUUUUUCCAAGAAUGGCUUCUGGCAGGAGUUUGCUUACUUGGAGCUCCAAGAUGCAUGGAUCCAGCUGGCGACGCCCAUCUCCUUCUGCCAGGGCGUCAGCAUGCUCUCCAGGGCCAUGGUAGAUUAUGACUGCCCCUACAUCCCUGGGAUCAUGUGUCACUCCAUGAAAAUGUCUCGGAACGAGGAGGAGAGACAGAGAAUUGUGGCCAUGAUCUUCUUCACAGAGUUCUUGCGGAGUCCUCUGGGGUCCAGGAUGGUCACCCACAGGGAGGUCUUGAACCGGCUCCGGAAAGGCAUCAAGGACCCCUGCGUCAUGGUCCGGGUGAUCAGCUUCCAUGGUUUCAGCAAUGUGGCCUACAGCCUUGAGAAGGGCAGCCUACUCCAGGGCCAGCUCCUGGCCUUCCUCAAUGCCCUCUAUGACCCCAAGGAGAAGGUGGUCCUGGCUAGCCUGUACUCAUUGACCAACGUGCUCUACCAGAUAGACAAAAGAGAUCUCAUCCCCCUCUGCGUGGAUGUGGCCCUCAGCCUGAGACCAUUCUUCGAUGAUGAUAGAGCCAUCAUCCGAAGCAACUCCAUCUAUGUCUUUGGAAGCUUGGUGGGCAGAAUGGAGAGCAAGGACUCACCCCAACUGAAAGACCAAGUCUGCCGAAGCCUCAUCCCUCUGCUUUUUCACUUCAUGGACCAAGAAGAGGAUGUGGUGAAGAAAGCCAAGUUCGCCUUCUUCCGUUGUGCCAGCUUCCUACAGUGGGCAGAGCUGGAGAAGCUCUUCCAUCGAAUUGCCUGGGAGGAGGGCCUGCGGGCCCUGCACAGCAUCUGGAAAUGUUUUAUGGAAAACAUGUUCCACAAAAUGGACCUUUUCCUUUCCCAGGCCCUCAGUUAUACUCGUAGCAAACAAUGGAACAUUCGGAUAGCUGCGGUCCUCUAUAUAGGACAUACAGUUGACUUGUUGCCUCAUGAGGUGUCCAGGGUGCUGGAUGAACCAGGGAUGCUUCUCCUGUAUGAAACCUUUGCCCAACUGGAAGAGGACCAGGAGAAAUUCAUCCAGCACAUGGCAGCUGCCCAUAUCAGCAGCCUGAAGAGACUGGUUCACCUUCCGUAGGUCUGGGCCUUUGAUCAUGAUCUUAUGCCUCAGCCUCAGCAAGGAGCCUUCUGGGACUUCCGUGGAGUAGGCAAUCUGUCCAUUCCUUCCCCCACCAGAGGGCUUCUUCCUUCCCCCAGAAACUAUUAAAAUGUAGCAUCUACCCUCA